ACUCACCUGUCCAUAUAAACCCGGCGAGAUUCGGCGUCGUCGUCAGUUCUCCGCAAGGGAAGACAACGAAAAGAUGAGGGCCGGUGGACUGGCCUGCGCUUUGCUUCUCCUCGCCUCCGGGGCAUCCCACGCCCUGCCCCAGUACGGCGGCGCGGGCGUCCAGCAGCAGCAGCAGGAGGGCCAGGUGGGUCAGCAGCAACAGCAGCAGGAGGAGGGGGGGUUCUGGUGGCAGGAUAAGGGCGUCUUUGAGAGUCAGGGCGCCGUCGUAGGAGGGACGUCAGCCACCUCGGGAGGAUUCACGCCGACGCAGUCCAGCGAUUGCGCUCUGGCACACGGGUGCGUGCCGUGGCAAUACUGCCUCAACGGGGUGUACAAGUUCAACCCGAGUGUCAACCUCGACGUCCGCUCGCCAGCCAAGGUUCCCGAACACGUAUCUCAAACAUUGUGCGGACAAAUCGGCAACGUCUGCUGUCCCAUUCCCGAAGACAUCCUUCUGCAGCAGCAGCUGGCACAGGCGGGCGUCGGCGGUGGCGUCGUCGCUGGGGUCCCUGGCGCUGGGGUCCACGCCGAGCAGACUAGUGCUGGCGGCGUCGGCGUUGGGGCCUCCGGCUCUGGGGUCCACGCGGGGCAGACUAGUGCCGGCGGUGCUGGGGGCUACGGUGGCUCAGGAGGCAUCAUCAGUGGUUCUGUGAGCGGCGGGGGCGGCGGGGGCGUCGUCGGCGGCGGACUUGAGCAGACCAGCGGCGGCGGGCAUGGGCAGACCGGUGCCCUUUCGAGCCAGUGCGCCGUUGGAUUCGACUGCGUGCCCAAAUUCCAGUGCGAGGGCGGCGAUAUCAACACCUCCGGAAUCGGCCUCAUCAACAUUCGCUCCAAAUUGGUCAAGUGCUCCAACCCCGAUUACCCGACCGUGGAGGCCGUCUGCUGCAAGAUCCCCGGCGCCAGCGAGCCCAACAUCCUCACGUGCCCCGCCCCCGAGGAGUGCGUGCCCUACGGACUCUGCAAGGAAGACGGCAGCAUCAACACGGACGGCUCAGGAAUCCUUGAUGUUAGGAUCAAUACGCCGUGCCACCUGGACUCCGUGAGCUACGAGAAGGGCGUGUGCUGCCGCCCGCCGGGCCCGGAGCCGCUGGAAUCGUGCCCCGGGGGCCUCGUGUGCAAGCUCGAGGGCCAGUGCGCGACACCUGGAGCUGUCGCCGACGAUGGGACCUACACGGCAUGCUACACUGGCUCCGGAGCGACGGGCAUCUGCUGCGAGCCCCUGGACGUGUGCCCUGGUGACCUCCCGUGCAAGGCCGAGGGUGAGUGCAGCUCCCCGGCCGCCAUCAACUCCGACGGGUCAUCCGAGGUUUGCUACAUCCCGGGCGGUUACGGAGGCACAGGCGUCUGCUGCGAACCCCCCGCCCCCUGCAGACGUGCCCCGGGAAGCUCCAGUGCAAGUCGCAAGGGCAGUGCGGCGAACCGGGAGCUCUCAACGUCGAUGGAUCCUACACGACAUGCUAUGUAGGAGGCGGAACUGAUGUGGGAAUCUGCUGUGAGCCCCCUGCCCCCCUGCAGACCUGCCCGGGGACCUCCGGUGCAAGUUGCAAGGCCAGUGCAAUGUUCCAGGAGCACUCAAUGCCGAUGGAUCAUACACGACGUGCUUCGUGGGCGGCGGAGGAAGCGACGUAGGCAUCUGCUGUGAGCCUCCUCCUGCCGUCGACGUCUGCCCUGGAGCCUGGUCUGCACCGACCAGUGCGACGCCCCCGCCGCCAUCAACG